GAGAGGAUCUGGAUCCCCUGUCACUGCCUUGCUUCAUAAUUGAAAUCUCUUACUCGUUUCAGGUUCCAAGAGAAUGUCAUGGGUGGGAGGGUCAAGAUUGGAAUCAAUGAUAUCUAUAGUUGGCCAAUCCCAUUUCUACUUGUGUUUGUAUUCAGUUGCUUCGUAGUUAACGUCUGUGUGUGUGGGGUAUUGCGAUGAUGAAGGAUUCGGAAGGAUUGGCGGUUUAGUUGCCAGGUUGGCUCUGAUGAGAGAUGAUGUUGAUCCAGUUGCUGUUAACGAUCCAUUCAUCACCACGGAUUACAUGGCAAGUGUUUGCCAGCUCUGCCUCUGCAUGUAAAUUGUUCAUGGGCAGUGGAAGCACCGUGGCAUUGAGGUCAAGGACUCCAAAAACCCUUCUCUUUGGUGACAAGCCUGUCGCUGUUUUUGGUAUAAAGAAAACACAGGAAAUUCCUUGGGGUGAGGCUGGAGCUGACUUUGUUGUUGAGUCUACUGGGGUUUUCACUGACAAAGACGAGGCUGCUGCUCACUUGAAGGGUGGUGCAAAGAAGGUAAUCAUUUAUGUCUCGCAGCUGUACUACUCAAGUCUUCUAUGGUAAAUGACCGCGUGCUUACCGGCUGUUGUAUUCUUUAAUUGUGGCAGGAUGCUGGUACGGUGCUGCCUUCUCUAAAUGGAAAGUUGACAGGAAUGGCUCUCCGUGUUCCUACUGUUGAUGUUUCAGUGGUUGACCAAACUGUAAGAACUUAGAAUUGAGAAGGCAGCCAGUUAUGAUGACAUUAAAGCU